AUGAAAGAACCAACCUCUUCCGCUGGAGACGUCGAAGCACCAGAAGAGGAGCUGCCCCUAGAAGGCCGUUCUUGGCGACAAUCUAUGAGGAGGAUGAGAGCACAGUCGGUGAUGGUGAAUACCGCCUCACCGGCGAAUUCACGGCUGACAUCUAAGUGGCAGAGCAAUCAUUCACGGGACGUUCCAGCAGAACAACAGGAUCUCUCCUCUCCUCCUACCACUACUCAGGAACCUUCACCAACCUCGGAGCCUCAACAGGAGCCUCAAGAGACCGCCAAUUCGACUUCGAUUACAACAUCGUCUGAAGUUGCUCCUCAGGACGCACCAUCGAAUUCAGGUACACCGAAGGAAAAGAGAAGAGUUCGAUUCGCUCAGGCAAUCCCUCCAUCCAAAAUGAGACAGCACAAAACUGCGAAAGAGCCUGCACAAAUGGCGAUGUCAACCUGGAGCGAGCCAAACUCAGACACAGCAGUCGCACCCGGACAAGAAAAAAAUGCUUCGCGUCCUCAAAGUCGUCAGAGCCAGCGUAGUGCAGACGAGACUCAGGAUUACAUCAAGGGCAAGAGGCAUCUCGAAGGCCAACUCAACCGCCACCUUGGCCAGCUUGAUCGGAUCCGUCGUAUCGUCAGACAGCUCAACAAUGACUUGCAGGAAUUGGAAGGACAAUUGAGCGAGGACAAGCGACUUGAUCGCGAUGACCCUGAGUUGUUUGUUGUGUUGCAGAAAGAACUGGCAACUCUCCACGAUUGUCGCAAUAGUUAUGCCCACGUCGUUGCAUUCCACCACGAGCAAAUUCAAAGCAUUGCCGACCAGAGAGCUGAGCUGGACAAGAAUCAGGGCUUGGAGUGCACGGUCUACCACAUGUAUCUCAACCACAUCAAGCAUGUUGAGUGGUACAAAUCGUUCUCCUAG